CGUAAUUAUCCCGUCCGAAGUACUUGAGUUUGACAGCAUUCUGACGAUGGAAUCCAGAGUUACACAAAGCCAAAUGUGAAAUUUCAGUCCCGCGUGUAAAAAGAGAAAACCCUGCCAUCCCCACAACUCAUUCCUAUGACUCUCACUCAUCCUCUUCAUUCCCCUCACAUUGCUGCAUUGUCGCUGCUUGGAAAAAGUGGUUCUGGUAACCCUAGUUCUAAUGGGGUUUUUCAAGCGUCUUGAGAAGCGCCUUGACAACAGCCUUGAGGCUGACGGAAAAUGGCGAGAACUUCAGAAAUCACGCCGGCGUGAAUUUAUAUGGAGAUACCCUCGCUCUCUAAUCUCGGACACUUUAGAUACUAUGGAACGCUGGGUCACGACACAUUUCGAACUGGAUCUCGCAGUGCAACGGCUUAUCGGGUUCCUGAUCGAGGAGGACAGAGUCAAUGAUCAGAUAGCGGUCAAUCCCAAAGCGGAGGAGAACUACAUAAAAGAGCUCGAGGCCCUGCAACCGAAGAUCGAGGACGAGCGCAGAAAAGUCUUCAAAGCAAAGACGAACAUAGUGGAUCUAUUCCUCCUCAUCCCCGAUGAGAAUUUCCGGCGGAGCGUCGAAACCACUCGCCGAAAUAACCCGGACUGGUCUCUCUCGGAAUGGCUGCGCAGCUACUGUGCAGGCAAAGGGGGCUGCUGCGGGCGUACAUGCGGAUGCUGCGAGGGGCCGAGACAUGGGAUCGAGACGAAGGGGUUCGGGCACUGUACGUCGGCUUGUGUGUGCUGUGAACAGGCUCGAGGGUUCCAUAUUGACACCUCAAAGGGAGAUGCGCACCUGCCGCAGUUUAAGAUAAAGGGAUAUCCCAAAAUACCGGUGAUGAAGGGGGUUUUUGAUGCUAUCGUUUGGGGUUUAUGAGUCUUCUUACUGCCAAGUUCUGUGUUCUUCGCUUAAUCUUAGCUCGCUUGCUUGCUUCCUGCCCAACUUCCACAGUGAUUUUGUGGUACUCUGCACCUUCCCUGUUUGCUUCUCCCUUGAUUUCCAGCUUGUCUCUGCAACCUUGAAAUAGCCAUGUCACUUGGAUCAAAUGAUGAGUCAGAAUAACCAAUCGGCUGUGUGCUUUUGUGCAGGAAAACAAUGAAAUCGUAUUUACGUGAUCCCCCUGUCUACAUUUCGGUGGAUUACUAGAUCAGAGCACUAAGCUGACGAGCCCAACAGCAUGCUUUAAGCCAUGCUCGGUGAUCCAGUACAUCCCUCUUCUCGAGGCCAAGAUCAC